GCGGAAGUCGGGUCCACUCUCCUCUAGUGCAGCCCAAACAUGCCGCUUUACCCUAAAACAGCCACAAAAUCAUAACAAAUGCACUUUGUAUUUUAUAUUAUUUAAUGACUUUUUCACCGGGUGUUUCCUGACACUCAUUGCCCGUCAUCACGAUGAUGAAGCUACGCGUUCAGCUGCAGUGUCAGAAUCUGCACAAGUAUCUGAAAGAGCUCAGCCCGGACAUUUUGGACAGACUUUACAAUCAUCCAGCAACAUGUCUGGCUGUUUACAGGGAGCUCCCUUGUCUGGCCAAAAACUACGUGAUGCGUAUGCUGUUCCUGGAUCAGCCCCUGCCACAGGCCGCAGUGGCACUGUGGGUGAAAAAAGACAGUCAGAAGAACCAUGAUGAAUGUGUCUUAGUGUUGACCGGACUCAGCCUCUGGCACAGUCAGCAGCUGCAGGGCGGUCUGCAGGGAUACAUUUUAAAUCCAGUGUUCAAAGCAAACCUGAGGAUUGCUCUGCUUGGCGGGGGCAAAGCGUGGGCCGAUGAGGGCAGCUCUCUGGGUCCUGACCGCCACGCGCGGGACAUAGACAGUCUGGACCGCUACGCCAUGGAGCGCUGGGAGGUGAUUCUGCAUUUCAUGGUGGGCUCUCCCAAUGCCGCCGUCAGUCAGGACCUGUCACAGCUGCUGGUUCAAGCGGGCCUCAUGAAAAGAGAGGCAGGAGAGGCCCCCUACAUCACCUCAGCUGGUUUCCAGUUCCUCCUAUUGGACACGGCUUCUCAGCUGUGGUACAUCACACUGCAGUACCUCAAAACUGCACAGACCAGAGGCAUGGACCUGGUGGAGAUCUUGUCCUUCUUGUUUCAACUCAGUUUCUCGACUCUGGGCAGAGAUUACUCGGUGGAGGGCAUGAGUGAGUCGUUGCUCACCUUCCUGCAGCACCUGCGGGAGUUUGGCCUCGUCUUCCAGAGGAAGAGAAAAUCGAGGCGAUACUACCCCACCAGACUGGCCAUCUCCCUGGCUGCAGGUGUCACGACCACCUCCUCCUCCUCCUCGUCCUUGUCUACCACUCCUGGUACUGGAGAAAUGGGCUACAUUGUGGUGGAAACAAAUUAUCGCGUCUACGCCUACACGACCUCAGAACUUCAGAUUGCUCUGGUCGCUCUCUUCAGUGAAAUGCUGUAUCGCUUCUCCAACGUCGUGGUGGCUCAGGUGACGAGGGAGUCGGUACAGCAGGCCAUCGCCAACGGCAUCACUGCACAGCAGAUCAUCCACUUUCUAAGGACCAGAGCUCAUCCUGUCAUGCUCAAACAGACCCAAGUGCUGCCGCCAACCAUCACAGAUCAGAUCCGUCUGUGGGAGCUGGAGAGAGAUCGACUGCAGUUCAGUGAGGGAGUGCUCUAUAACCAGUUCCUCUCUCAGGCUGACUUUGAGGUGCUGCGAGAUCGAGCUCAGGGUCUGGGCUGUCUGGUGUGGCAGGACGUGGCUCAGAGGGUGCUGGUGGUGUCUCCGCAGGGACACAGCGAGGUCAAGAGAUUCUGGAAACGACAGAAGACUCACCCAUAAUGUUGAAAAGAAGGACACAUACAACAUUUAUUUUGUACAUGGGACAGUGAUGAACCCAUGUCUUAUAUACUGCAUAUACAGCAAUUAAGACUGGGAAGACUUUGAAUUCAGGUUUGAGAAACGGAACCUUUUCACCUUUUGUUUAUGGCUGAUGAUCCUCUGCUGAUGUCACAUUUAAAUGUAGUUUUUAUUUUACUUGUUUAAAACUAGAUUUUGUUUUUCUUUGACUGUUCAGUCUUUCCAAUACAUGAGUUUGGCUGAGAAACAUCAAACCAAAAAAAACUGAAACACCACUGCGAUGUUGAACUUAAGUCCCACACACUCGACUUGCAUCUGACUUAGACUUGAGACUUGAGAUCCAAGAUUUGAGACUUCCGAUCAAAGUCUUAAGACUUGAGAAGUUAUUCUUUACUUUGGAGGAACAUGACUUUACAGUACAUUAGACAAAUACCCCUCUAGUGGUAGAGAGAGGUAAGACGUCGCAGUAACUUAACGUUAAAAAAGAUAAAUCAGCUCUGGGAUCAAAAUCAACAUACUGUAUAUAGGAAAAGAAAAUGAAAUAAAACAUGAAAAAAUA